CGCAGUUUCCGGAGCGGAUCGCAACCCGGAGUCCGGAUCCGAGCCCGCUCUGCACAUUCCACAGGCAGGUGUCAGAAAUGGCCGAAGACGGGAGCGAGGAGAUCAUGUUCAUUUGGUGCGAGGACUGCAGCCAGUACCACGACUCUGAAUGUCCUGAGCUGGGCCCUGUGGUCAUGGUCAAAGACUCCUUUGUGUUAAGCAGGGCGCGGUCAUCCCUCCCUUCCAACCUGGAGAUCAGGAGACUGGAAGACGGGGCCGAAGGAGUGUUUGCCGUGACUCAGCUCGUUAAGAGAACACAGUUUGGUCCAUUUGAGUCAAGGAGGGUUGCCAAAUGGGAGAAGGAAUCUGCGUUUCCACUGAAGGUGUUCCAGAAGGACGGGCACCCUGUGUGCUUCGACACCUCCAACGAGGACGAUUGCAACUGGAUGAUGCUUGUGCGGCCAGCGGUGGGGCCUGAGCACCAGAACCUGACGGCCUACCAGCACGGCAACGACGUGUACUUCACCACCUCGAGGGACAUCCCCCCCGGCGCUGAGCUGCGCGUGUGGUACGCGGCCUUCUAUGCCAAGAAGAUGGACAAGCCCAUGCUGAAGCAGGCCUGCCCCGGUGCCCAUGCUGCAGGCACCCCAGAAAGCAGCGCCGCCGUGGAGUCAGAGCCCAGCCAGUGGGUGUGUAAAGUGUGUUCCGCCACCUUCCUGGAGCUGCAGCUCUUGAAUGAGCACCUGUUGGGCCACUUGGAACAAGCCAAAAGCCUUCCCCCAGCCAGCCAGCACGAAGCAGCUCCUGAGAAGGAACCAGAAGUGCCCCGAGGGGAGCCUCCUGCGGCUCCCAAGAGUGUCAGUGCCACCAAAGAGCAGAAGAAAAAGCCUCGAAGAGGGAGAAAACCCAAAGCAUCAAAACCUGAGCAGCCACUAGAUAUCAUAGAAGGCAAGGAGCCUGCAGAGCAAGUGGCCGAGAUCAUUACUGAGGUCCCGCCGGACGAGCCCGUGGCCGCGGCGCCAGAUGAGCGGAUCAUGGAGCUGGUGCUGGGGAAGCUGGCCACCACCACCAGCGACGCCAGUUCAGUGCCAAAGUUCCCGCACCAUCAGAGCACCACCAUCACCCUCAAGAGGAGCCUAAUCCUGUCGAGCCGGCACGGCAUCCGGAGGAAGCUCGUCCGGCAGCUGGGGGAGCACCGGCGAGUCUACCAGUGCAGCAUCUGCAGCAAGAUCUUCCAGAACAGCAGCAACCUGAGCAGGCACGUGCGCUCACACGGUGACAAGCUCUUUAAAUGUGAGGAAUGUGCCAAGUUGUUCAGCCGCAAGGAGAGUCUGAAGCAGCACGUCUCCUACAAGCACAGCAGGAACGAGGUGGACAGUGAGUACCGGUACCGAUGCGGCACCUGUGAGAAGACCUUCCGCAUCGAGAGCGCGCUGGAGUUCCACAAUUGCAGGACAGAUGACAAGACGUUCCAAUGUGAGAUGUGUUUCAGAUUCUUCUCCACCAACAGUAACCUUUCCAAGCACAAGAAGAAGCACGGGGACAAGAAGUUUGCUUGUGAGGUCUGCAACAAAAUGUUCUACCGCAAGGACGUCAUGCUGGACCACCAGCGGAGGCAUCUGGAAGGAGUGCGGCGGGUGAAGAGGGAAGACCCGGACACCGGCGGCGAGAACCUGGUCCGCUACAAGAAGGAGCCCUCGGGAUGCCCUGUGUGCGGCAAGGUGUUCUCCUGCAGAAGCAACAUGAACAAACAUCUACUGACCCACGGCGACAAGAAGUACACCUGCGAGAUCUGCGGCCGCAAAUUCUUCCGCGUGGACGUGCUCAGGGACCACAUCCAUGUCCACUUUAAGGACAUUGCGCUGAUGGACGACCACCAGAGGGAGGAGUUUAUCGGCAAGAUCGGCAUCUCCUCGGAAGAGAACGAUGACAACUCAGACACGAGCGCGGACUCGGAGCCUCACAAGUACAGCUGCAAGCGGUGCCAGCUCACCUUUGGCCGGGGGAAGGAGUACCUGAAGCACAUCAUGGAGGUGCACAAAGAGAAGGGCUACGGCUGUAGCAUCUGCAACCGGCGCUUCGCCCUGAAGGCCACCUACCACGCCCACAUGGUCAUCCACCGCGAGAACCUGCCGGACCCCAACGUGCAGAAGUACAUUCACCCGUGCGAGGUCUGCGGGCGCAUCUUCAACAGCAUCGGGAACUUGGAACGGCACAAACUCAUCCACACAGGUAUCCACGCCUGUGAGCAGUGUGGGAAGUCCUUUGCCCGGAAGGACAUGCUGAAGGAGCACAUGCGCGUGCACGACAACAUCCGCGAGUACCUGUGUGCCGAGUGCGGGAAAGGCAUGAAGACGAAGCAUGCGCUGCGCCACCACAUGAAGUUGCACAAGGGCAUCAAGGAGUACGAGUGCAAGGAGUGCCACCGCAAGUUCGCGCAGAAGGUCAACAUGCUCAAGCACUACAAGAGGCACACGGGGAUUAAAGAUUUCAUGUGUGAGCUGUGCGGGAAGACCUUCAGCGAGAGGAACACGAUGGAGACCCACAAGCUCAUCCACACAGUGGGCAAGCAGUGGACGUGCUCCGUGUGCGACAAGAAGUACGUCACCGAGUACAUGCUGCAGAAGCACGUGCAGCUCACCCACGACAAGGUGGAGGCCCAGAGCUGCCAGCUGUGCGGGACCAAGGUGUCCACCCGGGCCUCCAUGAGCAGACACAUGCGGCGCAAGCACCCGGAGGUCCUGGCCGUGAGGAUCGAUGACCUGGACCACCUCCCGGAGACCACCACCAUCGAUGCCUCCUCCAUAGGCAUCGUCCAGCCUGAGCUGAGCCUGGAGCAGGAGGACCUGGCCGAGGGGAAGCACGUGAAAGCUGCCAGGAGGGCCCACAAGAGGAAGCAGAAGCCAGAGGCAGAGGCGGCGGGAGCCCCGGUGCCCGAGGAGGCCCCGUUCAGCGAGUACUCGGAGAAGGAGCCCGUGCUGUCCGGCGUGGGGGACGAAACCGACUCCGCGGUGCAGAGCAUCCAGCAGGUGGUGGUGACCCUGGGCGACCCAAAUGUGACCACUCCGUCGAGCUCCGUGGGCCUGACCAACAUCACCGUGACCCCUAUCACCACCGCAGCCGGGACUCAGUUCACCAACCUCCAGCCUGUGGCUGUCGGCCACCUGACCACCCCGGAACGCCAGCUGCAGCUGGACAACUCCAUCCUGACCGUGACCUUUGACACCGUCAGUGGCUCAGCCAUGUUGCACAACCGCCAGAACGACAUCCAGAUCCACCCGCAGCCCGAAGCCUCGAACCCGCAGUCCGUGGCCCACUUCAUCAACCUGACCACCCUGGUCAACUCGAUCACGCCCCUGGGGAACCAGCUUGGGGACCAGCACCCGCUCACGUGGCGGGCGGUGCCCCAGACGGACGUCCUGCCGCCGCCCCAGCCGCAGGCGCCCCCGCCCCAGGCGCCCCCGCCGCAGGUGCAGGCCGAGCAGCAGCAGCAGAUGUACAGCUACUGAGGCGCGGGGCCGAGAGCUCAGAGGGAGACCUGCAGACGGCUGUGCUUUUUUAUUUUUGAGAUUUGUUUGCUGGAUACCAAACAGAGGAAAAAGAAAAAUUGUUAUUGCAGCGUAAGUAAGGUUGACUUAGCUUUGCAGAAUUCUCUCCGAAUCCCCCGCCAGUCGUCUGUCGGCGUGCCUCGAGUCACCCCCGGCAGGUGGCCACACCGGUGAGCUGCUCGGCCUGCGCCCGGCCACCCCCUGCCCCCGCCAACCCCAGCAGAACUCGGUCUGGGGGUCACGGGGCUUGGGGACGCGGGACAGGCGGGAGCAGACGGGCGAGUGCUCUGUCCGGAGGCACGUCGACGACUCGCCUGCUUCCUUCAGGGCGUAGCGACUGCGCGGAAACAGCCAGGAUUCCCACGGGGCGGCACGCCGCGAGGAAACUCCACAUUCUCCUCUCUUCUGGGUGUUCUUGGCAACUGAGCGGUUAGAAGUUAAAGUCACGUUUAUUUUCUUCUCGGAAGUUUGAGUCGAGUCAAAUGCGUUCCACGACUUUGGGCCGAAGACGUGUGAGAAGGCGUCCUGUGGCCGCGGAUGACCCUUCGGCCUCCAUCAGCCCCGGUGCAGGGGUGGGGGGUCCCAGGGGUCCCUGACUCGGGCCUCCGAGGCCUCUUUGUAACAUAACACAAGGAUCGAUUUUUUGUAUCGGUUUCCUUUUUUCUUCUUCUUUUUUUUUUUUUUUUUUUUUUACUUUAUUCCAAGCCUGUAUUAUGUAUUCAAGACUGUCGUGGCCACGUCCUGUUGAUUUUUAACAUGCUGAAGUCGUUUGCACUGUAGGAAUGACGGUCCGGGCGCAGCUCUGCACACGGCUGCCCGAGCGCAAGGGACACGCCACUGUGUGCGACCCGUCGGCCUCAGGCUGUCCCUCCUGGCAGCUCCUGCAGAGCUGUCUCGGGACCCUCUGCCAGCCAAAUAUAUUUAUUACCGCCGAGGCUCAGCCAAACCCACCGAAGAACAGGGAAGAAAUUCACGUUUUCUUUCUGUUUCAACUGAAUUCCAAAGGUUGAUGUGUCUCAAGACCAAUGUUGUAUAAAAAAAAAAAAUGUUGAACGAGCUUGGCUCUUCACGGUGGAAAAACUACAGGUUUUUCUGAAAUAACGGAGACCCUGCCGCCGCCUGCCAGGCAGCAAUGAAAGCAGAAGAGGUUAGUUCGCGAGGAGAAGCGUGAAUGGCCUUCGUGAACGAACGUGCCAAGCAAGAGCCACGUCUGUGUCCCCGGGACACGCGCUUUCAUGCACCUGCAUGCCUGUCGGAGGUGGGGGCCAGGCUCCCGCCACCUGCUGCUCAGACAGGGAAACCGAGGCACGGCGUUUCCUCUCCUGGUAGCGCCGUCCACCUUGCAAUGAUAACGUUUGCCUUACUCUGGCCUCGAUCACUCUUUGUCACGCGUCCUGUGUUACUCGGGAGAUCCGCGCUGAAGAAAGAACGACGAGGAGUCAGUGGUGGAUAAACAGGCGGGGAGGGAAGUGAAGCUAAGGACGAUUAGUUCUGCAAAAUGCAACGUUUCUCAGCACUUCACUUUAUUCCGAGUCGCAGGAUUCUGAGGGUAGGGCAACGCUUGCCUUCAGAACCACGGAGACGCUUCGCACGCGCCCUUCGCGAGAGGGUCUCCAGACCCAGCUCAGUCCCCCUCCCAUCCGCCACUCGGCAGCUGACUUCACAGUGGGAGAUUUAUUCGACUUUUUAAUUUAUGAUAAUUAUUUUUAUGUUAUUUAUGUAUAUAAUUAACUGCUUUAUACACAAUAGUUUCAUCAAAUGAACUUGGGCUAGGAGCAAUAUAUUUUCUAAAAUAUUGUCUUCGUUUUCCAAACAUAAACAGUCCGGGAUCAAGAGCACCAAGGUUCCUAGCGUAUUUAAAAAAAAAAAGAAAAAAAAAAAAAGUCACAGUUUUUUGUUUGUUUUUUUUUGGUUUUUUUUUUUUUUUUUUUGGUUUUGUUUUGUUUUGUUUUUUUUGCUCUUGCGGCACAUAAAGGAUGAACGACCAAGUGAAAAUACAAACAUGAUUCACCAUCUCGUAGCCUUUAUCUCUUUACUCCUCCUCCCUGUGAAAUAAAGGCCUUUUAAAUCAGUUUUAUUUUUUUAAAGAUGUUGUUUUUGUGCCCGGAGUAAGGAUGCAGCAGAUGUUUUUAAAGGACCCAGCGUAGGCUGUGUGGCCCCGGUGCCCUCCCCACGCUCAUUCACACACACACACACACACACACACACACACACACACCUGUGGGAUGAGCCUUCCUGUAAUAAUCAGUUAGAACCUCGGAAUGAAAAUCAGACUCACUCCUGAGUUGUCCGUAGACACACUUGGUCUUAAUAAGGGUCACUGUCGGAGGUGAAAAUAGAUCCGUGGCGUCUCAAAACCGUUGCUAUGAAUUUGCAUACGAGAGACCGGAGAGGAAAAAAAAAAAAAGGUGCCACUCAGCCAAGAGAGUCCUCGGCUAUAGACGGUUCUGCGCAGACGUCCCGGGUGCGCGGCUGUAUUCACAGGAGCAGAUGAGAGCAAGCCAUCGUGGCCACCGAGCCCGGGGGUCCCUGUGGGUUACUCUAAGAAACCGCGAGAACUUAACUGUGGUGACCUGUGGAUUCGUACAGCUGUGUGGUCCUGUGCCCCACUCGGGGUGUGAAUCUUGCUGGAUCCCAGACCGCAGCGGCUGGACGGGAGUUGCACGCUCAAAACGGGCACCUCGCGGGGGACGUGUUCCCUGUGCCCGGCGCCACCUCACUGGGUCCGAGAGGACCCCACCUUGGAGAAUUCUGGGUGUGGGAGGCAGAGCCACGCACCUUCGCGUUCCUUCCAGCCACGGUGUCCGGAGGCGUGAAGCUCCUGGCUUCUCGGCUCAUCGGUGACCUCCCGUCGGACUUGGAAAGGCGUUAGGACUGUUUUUGAGAAGUUGCGUGUAUUUCGUGUCCCAUCGGUUUGUGUAAUGACAAAUAAAAGGUGCGGUGACCUGUGUUUUUCAA